AUGAGUGGAUACGAUAGGGCAUUGUCCAUCUUUUCUCCAGACGGACACAUUUUCCAAGUUGAAUAUGCAUUGGAAGCAGUUAAGAGGGGUACAUGUGCGGUAGGAUUGAAAGGUGCUGAUUGUGUUGUGCUGGGGUGCGAAAGAAGGUCUACUUUGAAGUUACAGGAUCCUAGAAUUACGCCUUCGAAGAUCUCUAAGAUCGAUAAUCAUGUAGUUCUUUCAUUUGCUGGAUUGAACGCAGAUUCGAGGAUUCUCAUCGAGAAGGCUAGAGUAGAGGCACAGUCACAUCGUUUGACUUUAGAGGACCCAGUCACGGUGGAAUACUUGACGAGAUACGUUGCUGGUGUCCAGCAACGUUACACUCAAUCCGGUGGUGUGAGGCCCUUUGGUGUGUCUGUGUUGAUUGCAGGGUUCGAUCCACGCGACAAUAAGCCACGUCUAUACCAGACUGAGCCAAGUGGUAUUUAUUCCGCAUGGUGUGCACAAUCCAUUGGUAGAAACUCGAAUACAGUACGUGAAUUUUUAGAGAAGAAUUACAAUAAGAAUGAGCCUCCAGCUGAUGAAAAAGAAUGUGUCAAAUUGACCAUCAAAUCUUUGCUCGAAGUGGUACAAACCGGAGCUAGAAAUAUCGAAAUUACAGUGGUAAAACCUGAUUCAAAGAUUGUCACUUUGACCACCGAAGAGAUAAGCAACUAUGUCGAUGAAAUCGAAGCCGAAAAGCAGCAAGAUCUCGAUAAGAAGAAGCAACAGGAACAACAGGACUAG